AUGCCUUUUCUCGAAAUCUCCCCCUCGGUGCGCAUCAACUACACGAUCCACCAGCCGUCCACACCGACAGAAAAGCCGUGGGUCGUCCUGAUCAACGGCCUCGCCGACCCGCAGACCACAUGGGCCGCGCAGACCCCGGCCUUUACGGGCGCGGGAUACACGGUGGUCACGUACGACAACCGCGGGGUCGGGCUGUCGUCGCGACCCGAGAGUGACGACGAGGUCUACACGGCCGAGACCAUGGCAGGGGACUUGCGCAGCCUGGUCACGGCGCUCGACUUGCACGGACCGUACCACCUCAUGGGCGUCAGCAUGGGCGGCAUGAUUGCGCAGACCUACGCGCUGGCGUACGGCGCCUCUGGAGAAAUCGCCAGCCUCACCCUGGCGUGCACGUACGCCGCGCCGGGACCUUUCUGUAGCAGGAUGUUCGCCCUGUGGCGCGACAUGGCGCAGCGAAUGUCCGUCGCCGAUGUCAUGCGCGACGUGGCCCUGUGGGCAUUCACGCCGGCCUUCUUCGCUGUCGACUCGGCUGACCUCGUCGCCAUGGAAGCCGACAUGGCCCGCAUCGACAGCGACAUGGGCCUGCGCGCCUAUCUGGCCCAGUUGAACGUCAUCACCACGUUCGACACGCGCGCCUCGCUGGAACGGCUGGGACAGAUUACGCUGGACGUCAAAGGUGGAAGUGGAGGUGAGAAAUCAGAAGGAGCAGCAGCAGCAGCGGCGGCGGCGGCAUCAAAGAUCAAGACCCAAGUCAUCGUCCUCGCCGGCGAAGGCGACAUCUUGAUCCCCGUAUACCUGUCCCGCGAGCUACACGCCUUCAUCCCCGGGAGUCGCUGGCGCACCACCAAGGGCGGGCACGCCUGCAUGUGGGAGUAUCCGGACCAGUUCAACGAGGCGUGUCUGGAGGAGUGGAGGGACGUGGAUGAGAAGAUUGGUGUUGCUCGUCAAGGCACGUAG